AUGGCUAGUGAAGUGGAAAUUGAAGAUGAAACUGAGAACAGAGGAAGCAUGUGGGCUUUGGAUCAGAGGCUUGACCAGCCCAUGGAUGAGGAGGCUGGAAGACUCAGAAAUAUGUACAGAGAAAAGAAAUUCUCAGUAUCACUGCUUCUGAGAUUUGCAUUUCAGAGUCUUGGCGUGGUCUAUGGGGACUUGGGAACAUCUCCAUUGUAUGUGUUCUAUAAUACAUUCCCUCAUGGUAUCGGUGAUGAUGAGGAUAUAAUUGGAGCUCUUUCAUUGAUCAUAUAUUCCCUUACUCUUAUUCCUCUACUAAAGUAUGUUUUCAUAGUGUGCAAGGCAAAUGACAACGGUCAAGGUAAGCUGGUCCCAAUCUGUGAACUUUCUUUAUUGAAGUACUGA